CAAAUGACGCCGGACGUGAAAGCAGCUGAGGACAGACCAGUGCACUCCAAAAUGGCGAAUAGCAAGGUGGAAGAUGAGAUUUACGACAAGGUCGUGGAUCUGACAGAAUACGCUAAACGUCAGCGAUGGUGGAACCGCCUUUUCGGAAAGAAUUCCGGCCCCAUAGCUGAAAAAUACUCUGUGGCCACACAGAUUGCAAUAGGUGGAGUGAGUGGAUGGUGUGCAGGUUACCUCUUCCAGAAGGUUGGAAAAGUUGCUGCUACCGCAGUGGGGGGAGGUCUUCUGCUUUUACAGGUAGCUAACAACAGUGGCUAUAUCCAAGUGGACUGGAAGCGAGUAGAGAAGGAUGUCAACAAAGCUAAGAAGCAGUUAAAGAAGGGAACAGAUCAGGCAGUCCCUGAGCUCAACACAUUUGUUGAGAAGUCCAGAGAGUUUGUGAAGAAAAACAUUGUCGUCACAAGUGGCUUCAUCGGAGGAUUCCUGCUCGGCCUGGCAUCUUAGGACCUACCGAAUGAGAAGAGUUAUUGGGGUUUUUUUGUGUUAUGUUUCUGAUGUUAUAAAAAGCUAUAGGGGAUAAUUAUAAGUCUUUGCUGAAAAGUUCUCAAGUGUUUUAACAGCAAGUGACCAACAGAUACCAGUUUAGCUUGGAGCUCUGUGUUUUUACUUAAGCUGCAUUGCAAACCCCUCUGUUUAUAACACCAUACUUGUUGAUAUAGACAUGGGACUUAUUUAUUAGCCCAGAAUGGCCAUCUUGAAACACUCCAGUUUUAACGCCAAAUAAUAAUACAUAUCAUGUAAAUUAAAUCAAAAAAGGAAACCCAGCAGAAUGUUUCUGUUAUUAUGUAUUUAUUAAAAAAACGGGACAGUAUUCCAGAAGGAAAGAUUUCCCAUUGUGGUUGUGCACAGUUGGGGCAAAUAGAUUUCAGUUCACCUACACCUGGCAGGGGAUGCAUGUCUUUAGGGUAUUCCAUCAGUGCCACUGUUAAUUUUUAUAUUUUGGUUUAACACAUUAUAAUCAAUCAUCUUCAAAGUAAAAACUGGGUUACACCAGUCUUUGCGGUCUCUGUUUUUUAUGGUCUAUUAUGUUUAGCAUCGCUUUGGGUACUGAAGGCUGUGGUCUGACUAUUAUGUAAGUAAAUAAAAAUAAAGAAAUAUGUUUAA